UUCAAUAAGCUUGCUGUGCCCGGGUGCCAAGCCCUCCCCGACCAGAUCUGUUUUGUCUCUUGCUAGGCUGAGUCACAUAGAAUAGAUAGAUAGUUUAUCAGCACAUGUCCUCCAGAUCAUAUUAUCCGCUUACAAAUAUAGCCUGUUAGCGCACAGGCACGGUAGUCCUUCCGCUGGGGGUGUUGCUCUGCGAGUGUAAACAGCGUCGAAAGCGGAUUACAGGGUGGCAGCCGCAGCCGGGGACUCCCAGCACCUACCGCACAGGGAAGGUAACUUUAUGCUGCUCCCCAAAUGGGACACAAAGUGGUCGUGUUUGACAUUUCUGUCGUCAGAGCCUUGUGGGAAACUCGUGUCAAGAAGCACAGAGCAUGGCAGAAGAAGGAGGCCGAGAGGCUGGAGAAGAGCGCACUGGAGAAAAUAAAGGAAGAGUGGGACUUUGUGGCCGAGUGCAGGAGGAAGGGCGUGCCCCAGGCGCAGUACUGCAAGAAUGGCUUCGUGGACACCAGCGCAAGGCUCCUGGAAACGAUAGAGAGGAACUCCGUCGCCAGGCAGAGUGCAUGGGUCAAGGACAGAGACAAACGGAGCAAUCCGUUUGUGUUUGAACUUUCAGGGGCACAGUGGAAGGAGCUGCCUGAUUCGCUGAAGGAGCAAACACACCUCAAAGAAUGGCACAUUCACAGCACCCUGAUUCAGAUUAUUCCUACAUACAUUGAGCUGUUUCAAGCAAUGAGAAUUCUGGAUUUGCCGAAAAACCAAAUCACGAGUCUUCCAGCUGAAAUUGGUCACUUAAAGAACCUGAAAGAACUCAAUGUGAGUUUCAACCAUCUGCAGAGUAUUCCCCCAGAGCUGGGAGACUGUGAGAAUCUGGAGAAACUAGACUGCUCUGGGAACCUGGACCUGAUGGAGCUCCCCUUUGAAUUGAGUAAUUUGAAGCAAGUGACGUUUGUCGAUAUCUCAGCAAACAAGUUCUCCAGUGUCCCCAUCUGUGUCCUGCGAAUGUGCCGUCUACAGUGGUUGGAUAUCAGCAGCAAUAAUUUGAGUGAUCUGCCACAAGACAUAGACAGGCUGGAAGAGCUGCAGGGCUUCCUCCUGUAUAAAAACAAGCUGACCUACCUUCCUCAAGCCAUGCUCAACCUCAAAAAACUCACCUUGCUGGUUGUCAGCGGGGAUCACCUGGUGGAGCUCCCGACUGCCCUCUGUGAUGGCUCCACACCUUUAAAGUGA